ACUGAGCGAGCGAGUCGACUCGAUGAGCAAGAGACGACGCUCGAGCCAAGCAGCCGAGCCCGUCGAGACUCAACCUUAGCCUUUCGAUCCCCUCAUCCUCACGGUCAUGAGUAACGCUGGCGGUGGCUCCUUCUUCUUUGUUCGCUCGACGGACAAAUCUGCGCCGUCGUCUUCAAUUGCUUCUUCCUCCUCUGCUGCCUCCUCCUCCUCUUCCUCCUCAGCUGGCAGCUCCCGUCGUCCAUCUCGCCGUCGUAGAUCAAAAGCAUCUCCACCAACAGCCGCCUCUCUCCUCCCCACCAUCCCGGAUCUGCGAUUUGAGCAGUCUUACCUCGCCAGCGUAAGAGGAUUUAUUCAUGAGUUGAGCCCAGAGCAGGCCGAGAGGGAAAAAGACGAGGCGGUCAGGCGUGGGAUGAGGAGAGGAGAAAAGGAGGCGCACGAGGGACUUGAUGGCUUGGUUGUGGCUGGUAGGGUUGGGGAUGAUGAUGAUGAUGAUGAUGACGAGGUAGAUGAGAAGGCUGGGAUGGGCAGAGAAGCAAGGACACAAGCUGUCAAGAAGGAAGAAGGACAUGGCGAGCCCGAACUUUGGAUAGGCAGAUUGAGGAUUGAUUGGCUCCCCCUCCUCCAUCUCACCCUCCGAGACCAGAUAUUCUCCCCACUGGUACAAGGAGCAAUAUGGGCAGUGGUGGGUACCUUCCUGGGCCAAGCGCGCAGCACUGUACGAAGUAGCGUUGCAGCUUGGAUGGCCGCCAGACGACGGAGAACUUGGGCAGACGCUGGCGGUGCGACGGGUUUGAGAGGAGCAGGGAUGAGAACCUGAGGCGCAAGGCAAGAGGGCAAGGAGUCGCUACUUGCGUGGGUCAGAGAGAGUGGACAAGGGACCAAACUCAAUGCACCAUCUUUUUUUCGUAUACGUGUCUC